GUGGAGAGGGCCAAAUGUGAACUGUGUUGACAGCACUGGCUACACACCCCUGCACCAUGCUGCUUUGAAUGGCCAUAAGGAUGUGGUUGAGGUUCUUCUGAGGAACGAUGCUCUGACCAACGUGGCUGACUCAAAAGGCUGUUACCCUCUGCACUUGGCAGCCUGGAAAGGAGAUGCCCAGAUAGUGCGGUUACUCAUCCAUCAAGGGCCCUCGCACACCCGAGUCAAUGAACAGAACAAUGACAACGAGACAGCCCUGCAUUGCGCAGCACAGUACGGCCACACAGAGGUAGUGAAGGUGCUCUUAGAGGAGUUAACGGACCCCACCAUGCGCAACAACAAAUUCGAAACACCUCUGGACCUGGCAGCACUCUACGGGCGACUGGAGGUGGUGAAGAUGCUCCUCAAUGCACACCCCAAUCUCUUGAGCUGCAACACUAAGAAGCACACCCCUCUUCACUUGGCAGCAAGGAAUGGCCACAAAGCCGUGGUCCAGGUCCUCCUUGAUGCUGGCAUGGACAGCAACUACCAGACGGAGAUGGGCAGUGCUUUGCAUGAGGCUGCUUUGUUUGGCAAGACCGAUGUGGUACAAAUCCUGCUGGCUGCAGGAAUUGAUGUCAACAUAAAGGAUAACCGUGGACUGACUGCUCUAGACACUGUCCGGGAACUGCCUUCUCAAAAGAGCCAGCAGAUAGCAGCACUUAUUGAAGAUCAUAUGACUGGAAAAAGAAGCACAAAUGAGGUAGAUAAAACUCCUACACCCCAGCCACCUGUCAUCUCCAAUAUGGACUCCGUGUCACAGAAGUCUCAGGAAGACGUGGAGAAAGCAGUGACUGAACUGAUCAUCGAUUUUGACACAAAUGCUGAAGAGGAGGGUCCCUACGAGGUGCUAUACAAUGCUGUUUCCUGCCACUCACUGGAUAGCAUGGCCAGCGGACGAUCGUCUGACCGAGACUCCGUGACCAAGGAGACCGAGGCAGCAGGAGUGAAAACUGCUGGAGUGAGGCCUAGGGAACGUCCACCGCCUCCAGCAAAGCCACCCCCUGAUGAAGAGGAGGAAGACCGCAUAGAUAAGAAGUAUUUUCCCAUGACAGCUUCUGAGGUCCUGGCCAUGAGACCUAGGAUUCAGGGGAGUGCAGCCAGAAAAGAGGACGAGCAUCCUUAUGAGCUGUUGUUAACAGCAGAGACAAAGAAGCUGGUGCCAGUGGAUGGAAAAACAAAAGACCACAGGCAAAGCAGCAGCAGCUGGAGCCAGGACUCUGCAGAGGGGCAGGACGGGCAGGUCCCAGAGCAGUUCUCAGGUCUCCUUCACGGCUCAUCCCCAGUGUGUGAGGUGGGGCAGGACCCUUUCCAGCUGCUCUCUGCCACUAGCCGGAGCCAUCCAGACGGGUCUCCCCUGCAGAGCACCUGCCACAAGGUCAGCAUGCAGCUGGAGGAGAGGGGCGUGCAUACUCCUGGAGCUCCCCAGCCCAGUGUCCUGGACCAGAGCAAGAGAGUGGGCUACACAGCAGGACUGCCCACCACCAACAGCCGGUCGCACCCUGAAACUUUGACUCUCACAUCAUCUCCACACCCUGGUGGUGCUGAGGAAGAAGGAGACCGGAGUGGGGCCAGGAGCCGAGCCCCUCCCACCAGCAAACCCAAAGCUGAACUUAAACUCAGCCGCAGCUUGUCCAAGUCUGACUCUGAUCUCCUGACCUGUUCACCCACAGAGGACGCUACAAUGGGGAGCCGGAGCGAGUCCUUGUCCAACUGUAGCAUUGGGAAGAAGAGGCUGGAGAAGUCACCUUCCUUUGCUUCAGAGUGGGAUGAGAUUGAGAAAAUCAUGAGUUCUAUCGGAGAAGGGAUUGACUUUUCUCAGGAACAGAAGAAGAUCUCAGGUUCGCGGACGCUGGAGCAGAGCGUCGGGGAGUGGCUGGAGUCAAUUGGGCUACAGCAGUAUGAGAGCAAGUUGCUUCUGAAUGGCUUUGAUGAUGUCCACUUCCUGGGGUCUAAUGUGAUGGAAGAGCAGGACCUGCGGGAGAUUGGCAUCAGCGACCCCCAGCACCGGCGGAAGCUGCUCCAGGCCGCACGCUCCCUGCCCAAGGUGAAGGCUCUUGGCUAUGACGGGAACAGCCCCCCAUCGGUACCCUCCUGGCUGGACUCCCUGGGGCUGCAGGACUACGUCCACUCCUUCCUGUCGAGUGGCUACAGCUCCAUCGACACUGUGAAGAACCUCUGGGAGCUGGAGCUUGUCAAUGUCCUAAAGGUCCACCUGCUCGGCCAUCGCAAGCGCAUCAUCGCCUCCCUCGCAGACAGGCCCUAUGAGGAGCCGCCCCAGAAGCCCCCACGGUUUUCCCAGCUAAGAUGCCAAGACUUGAUCUCCCAGACGUCAUCCCCCCUGAGCCAGAAUGAUUCCUGCACUGGGCGGUCAGCAGACCUGCUGCUGCCUCCUGGGGACACAGGCAGGAGGUGGCAUGACAGUCUUCAUGACCCUGCGGCACCCUCUCGAGCAGAGCGCUUCAGAAUCCAGGAAGAGCAUCGUGAGGCCAAGCUGACCCUUCGGCCACCCAGCCUGGCUGCCCCCUAUGCCCCUGUGCAGAGUUGGCAACACCAGCCAGAGAAACUCAUCUUUGAGUCCUGCGGUUACGAAGCCAAUUAUCUGGGCUCCAUGCUGAUCAAAGAUCUGCGAGGGACAGAGUCCACACAAGAUGCCUGUGCGAAGAUGCGGAAAUCCACCGAGCACAUGAAGAAGAUCCCCACCAUCAUCCUAUCCAUCACCUACAAAGGAGUGAAGUUCAUCGAUGCCUCCAACAAGAAUGUCAUCGCAGAGCACGAAAUCCGGAACAUUUCCUGUGCGGCUCAGGACCCGGAGGACCUCUGUACCUUUGCCUACAUCACCAAGGACCUGCAGACCAGCCACCACUACUGCCAUGUCUUCAGCACGGUGGAUGUGAAUCUGACCUACGAGAUCAUCCUGACACUGGGGCAGGCGUUUGAGGUGGCCUAUCAGCUGGCCCUGCAGGCCCAGAAGUCCAGGCCCAUGGGGGCCUCUGCAGUGGAGACGAUUGAAACAAAGUCUUCCAGACCGGUGCCUAAGCCUCGGGUCGGCAUGAAGAAAUCCGCACUGGAACCGCCUGACAUGGACCAGGAUGCCCAGUCCCAUGCCAGUGUCUCCUGGGUUGUGGACCCAAAACCAGACUCUAAGCGGAACCUCAGCACCAAGUAUGAGACCACUAUCUUCUAAAACAACUCACUCCCCGUCUCCACUAGUCUCACUGUGCCUUUGCCACCCACUCUUUCUGCUCUUCUCGACUCUCUCCUUCCAGCUGCUGGCGCCAAGGCCCCACCUUCCUGGGACCUGCCCUCCUGGGCAGCAGCUCUAGACACUGUACACCCACAGCUCCCGCACCUAACACCACCGAACACUGUGAAUUCUCCCCCGUGGGCUGAGAAGCUUUGGGAGGGGGGAGUUGCCUUUGAGGUGGGUACCAAGAGGGCUCAGGGGCUCUAUGGUGUCCAGGAGGCAUCUGGCAGGCACUGCAAGUCCUGAGGGCUGGUGGCACUCUUCGAGCAGACCCCAAGCACACCACUGACAGCUCCUGCUGAGUUGAGCUGGGUUCUGUCUCUUGGCUCCUUCUCCCGUCUUCUAUACUGAGCCACAGCCAUGUACCGCUGCCAAGAGCUGUCUGUUUUCACCUUUCCUGACACAACCAACCACUGUGACCACCCAGUGCCAGAAUCCCCUUGCACGCUGCUCCCAGCUGCAGCCCUGCCCUGCCCUCCUCUGCUGCUUUAGGGUACUGGCCUUGCUCUCAUGGCCAGGCCCCUGUGAGACCCUGAGCUCAGUGAUAUGGCUUGACCAGGGACAGACUGCUUUCUGUGAGGGCCCAAAUUAGUGUCAGGCCAUGGGCACAUGCUGACUCUAAAGCGUGGGGCUCUGAGCAUCUGAACACCCACAGGCUGGCUCCGCUCAGCAGGUUUCUUGGUCCUCAUGGGCCUUCACUCCAAGGAAGGGGGUGGCAUGUAUGUGGUCGGCCCCUCAUGUCUUCACCGUUGAGUCACAAGGUCUGGAAGCCUUGGGCCUGGCUGUGGAGUCUAGGUCACCGAGGAGGAAGGCCUUCCUGUAGGAUCCAGCAAGAGGGAGACCUGUGCCCUGCACACACGGUGCACCUUCUUCCUUCACAGAUGGAGCUGCUUGAGUACAGGGACCUGGACCUAGCAACUUCCAUUGUCCUCCAGGAGCUUCCUGUCCCUUGUCCAUGGUGUGGGGAUCAAAGAAAGUCAGCCAUCAUCCCGUCCUUUCCCUGAUCAACCUCCCUCAGCUCGACUCCUCUGAGAGGAGAGGUCGUGCAGUAUGUAACUUCCCAGCAGUUGAGCAGCUGGGAUCGUGGAGCUGAGUCUCUGAAGAAGCCCCACACUCUCUGGUGUGGGCAAAUCAGUUUAGAUGACAGGAGACAGGAAAGAAGCAAUUCCAGUAGGAAGCAGUGCAAAUGGAGCAUAGUCUAGUAGAAAAGCCAGUAAGUCAUGGCAGUUAUUUUAGAGUUGAAACCCAAGUUGAUAAAUCAGGGUGGGUCCUUCUGUCUGCCUGCCUGUCCUUGUGCCUUCCUGAGCAGACUUGCCACACCAGAGCGGCAGGGGGCUGUGGGCCAUGGAGGGCGCAGGGGGAGGCCGUGAGGGACCUUCAGCUCUGCUUCUGUGUCUCCUUUCAGUCUCCUCCACCUUGUGCAGUCCCCUUUGGUUAACCCUUUCCUCCCCCCAUUGUUUGCUUCUGCCAAGCUGAGCCACUGAGGAACCACACUGUGCUGCAGAAACAUAGAUAUGGGGAGCACAGGCUCCUGCCACCACCAUCACCACCACCGUCUCACCUGCAGCUUUGAAGACCCUCCCAACCUCUGCCUGCAGGACCUCCUCUCCGCUGCUCGGCCUGGGCCUGCCACCACCAGGUCUUGCAGAGUGAGCCCUGCCCUAGCUGCGGAGAAGCACUCCAGGCCUGUAGCAGAUGAGACUGGAACUCCGGAGGGUCGAGAAGUGACUUGUCCAGAACACAUUAUUUUAAUAGUAAAAAAAAUCUUUUUAUAAAAU